AUGGCCUUUACAAUUAGCUCCAAGAUCAAGCUGCCGAGCGGCCAUGGGAUGCCCCGCUUGGGAUUCGGGGUCUACAAGACUCCUCCAGAUCAGACAGAAAAAUGCUGUCUCGAGGCGCUCAAAGUCGGGUACCGCCAUAUUGACUCCGCGUCGGGAUACAAGAACGAGGCCGGCUGCGGCAAGGCCAUCCGUGCAUCAUCGAUCCCACGGGAUCAGAUCUUCUUCACGUCCAAGGUCUUGGACAUCAACUAUGACUCGGCCAAGGCGACUGUCGACAAAACCCUUGCUGAAUCUCAGCUCACUUACAUUGACCUGAUGCUUUUGCACAAGCCCUGGGGCGGCUCUGAGAAUCGUAAGGGCGCGUGGAAGGCGCUUGUUGAGGCCGUUGAAGCUGGUAAGGUGCGCUCCAUCGGUGUCAGCAACUACGGUGUACACCACCUCGACGAGCUUGAGCGACAUAUAGCCGAGUUGGAGGCCGAACGCGGUGGCAAAGGCAAAGGCGGGAUCUUGAGCGUUAACCAGGUCGAGUUGCAUCCAUGGGUGGCGCGUAAGGAUAUCUUCGACUGGUGUACCCAGCGCGGCGUUGUCAUUCAGGCCUUCUGCCCUAUUGUGCGUGGAAAUCGUUUCGACGAGCCCGCACUACAGAAACUGGCGAAGAAGUAUUCUAAAACGGAGGCCCAGGUGCUCAUUCGCUGGAGUCUGGAUAAGGGCCUCGUUCCUCUGCCCAAGAGUGUACAGCCGUCACGCAUCGCCUCCAAUGCUGAUGUCUUUGACUUCAAGUUGACACCCGAAGAGGUUCAAGAGCUUGAGACCAGCGAGUAUAGUCCUGUUGCGUGGGAUCCAACGGUAUCGAAGCUGGAAGACUAG